AUGCACUUUAAGGAUGCCGACGACGAUAUUUCAUAUAAAUCUGAUAGAUUUAGAAAAAAUGUUAUAGAAAAGAUUGAAAGGGCUCUGCGGGUGACAGGGAUGGAAAAAUAUAUAUUUUGGACCAGCAUAGAUCUAGAAGAAAAGAUUUCCGAAGAAGCAAGUAGUCUUGAACAUUACAUGACUCUAGUGGUUAAGUGUAUACGGGAAAUAGAAUAUUAUAGAAAAAUCUUGAAAGAACCUGUCUGGCCAACAUAA